CUAGAGUUCAGCAGUGUCUCAAUAUCCUUGGGCGGCUCUCAAGAUUUACAACUUUCAUCCUGCAACUACGUGCGAAGACCUCGCGAGUCCUUUUGCUAUCGUAAUUCACAGGUAUCUUUCGCAUAUAGACGGCCAAUGACGUCCAAUAACAACCAGGAUAAUGCAGCGCCAGGGCUAGGGCAAGGGCAAGGCGCGGGAGGAGCAGCAUCAGCACCAGCGCCAGCAGCACCAGCAUCGGCAGCGGGACCAGCGGCCAGAUCAGUGCCCUUGACAUGCUCAGGGCAUACGCGGCCCGUUGUCCACCUCGAAUUCUCGGAGCAACAGGACGACGGGUCCUACUCGAUGCUGUCGAGCUGCAAGGAUGGCAAUCCUAUGCUCCGUGACUGGCUCGGAGACUGGAUUGGGACAUUCUUGGGUCACAAGGGCGCCGUCUGGUCCAGCAAGCUCAGCGGAGGCGACGCUUCGAGGGCAGUAACGGGUAGCGCGGAUUUCUCAGCUAAGGUUUGGGAUACCUACACGGGUUCCUGUCUGCACACCUUUCCGCACAAUCACAUUGUCCGCUCAGUCGCGAUCGACGCCAAGGGCCAACGGAUCCUGACCGGCGGACACGAGAAGAAGCUCAGGCUGUUUGAUCUGGCUAGACCAGACGCCGAGCCUUCGUUGUUGAGCACUGCAGGGAACGACAAGCAACUAGCCCACGAGGGCAAUAUCAAGAGCGUUGUUUGGCAGCGAGGCGACGGCGAGGCGACGGCGGUGAGCGCGGGCGAGGACAAGAUCGUGAGAUGGUGGGAUCUCAGAAACAUGACAAAAACGGGCGAAAUGACGCUCGAGGAUCCGAUCACAUCGAUGGAACGGUCUGCGGGCGUACUGGGCGAACUGCUGACGGUGACGGCGGGCAAAAAGGUUCUCUUUAUUGAUGCUCAGCUACGUGAGUUGAGAAAGGAGCACAGGCUGGCACUUCCACCUUCGUCGGCCUCGCUGCACCCGACGAUGGCCGACAGGUUCGUCGCUGGCUGCACCUCGGACGGCUGGGUUCGAAUCUACGACUACGAGACCGGCGCCGAACGUGAGCUGCACAAGGGCCACCACGGGCCUGCUCACGCUGUGUCGUACAGCCCAGACGGCGAGCUAGCUGCUAGCGGGUCGGAGGAUGGCACCAUUCGCCUGUGGCAGACGUGGCCGGGGAAACGGUAUGGCCUGUGGGCAUAGCUUUUCUGGCGGCAUCUGUACAAUCAUCUGCAGCGAAAGGAGAAAAUGAGAUGAAAUUUGCCAGGCGCAACUCAUCGGGGAGUGACGAUAAUGGACUGAGAAGGAAGAAAGGUGGAUUUGAAAGGCUAUGCUACACGACAAUUGACGAGAGAGAAGGAGAAGUGAAGGUCCGCGCAGAGAAAUUCAUGGGGGAAGGGGAAGGGACACCCAAGCCCUUGGGAGAGAAAAAGCAUGUAUCCAGUCCUUUGAUUGAUCAAGAAGAAAAG